CGCAGCCACCACGAAGUUUCUGCGCCUCCGUCGUCAUCAGGUCACUGAUUUUCUCCCAGACAGGUUCUUGCCACUUCGCCAACUUCAAUUCUGGUGGACAUCUUUUGGUUAGGGUUUUAUGUUAUUGUUUCUCGAGUCAUUGGUGUUGAUUAUUCGAGGAGUUUGAAUCAAGAUCCAAUCCCAACUCAACAUAGCAAAAAUUCCUUCUUCUCAACCGGAAAAGGGAUUUUUGCGGUGGGAUUAGAGUUCUCCCUUUCGCCACUGUGUAUGCUCUUUCUCUCUUCUUUUUUUCCGUCCUAAUGCACUGUAAUUCAAAUUCCAGAUGGCGGAAUAGGCAAAGUCGAUGUUUCACAUCAGAGUAGCUGUAAUCAUUUAAGAAAAUUAAUCGAUAGCACGCGUUGAGUUUGUGCGAGAUUUUAAUUUUCACAAACCCAAAUAUAAAUGUAAUCUAACCGAAAAUCAAUAUUUAAGCAUAUACUGUGAUGAUCAAAGGACAAUAUGGGAACUGAGUACUGGGUUUAGUCAUGGAUCUUUUGGGUGAGUUUAGUGGCUUGUCCUGAACUUCCAGGCAAGUGUGAAGAAAUAUUUUGGCUAGGUUCUAAUACACACCAUUGUGAAUAGGGUGUAAAAGUUUUAGAGGCGUCAUGGCAAAGAAGGAUAGGUUUCCUGAUGCUUAUUCUGGGGGAUUUCCUCCCAAUGAAGAAUCUGAAGUGUCUGGUUGUUCUGGACGCAAUCAUAUGGAAAUAUCUGCCUAUGAGAACUCAAGCGGCCCUAGAAAAAAAUGGAUUAAAUUGAUCUCUGCAUCGCACGAUGGUUUUGGUGUGCCCAUACAAAGUGUCCCCUUGUCAACACUACCAUCUUCUGAAAAACACAAGUGGUUACUUCGGUUGCAAUCUGAACUUGAUUUAAUUAGGACAUUUCAGAAGAGAGUUGACGUGGACAAGGCUCAGGUUACAGUGUCAUCUUCCAGCAAUAUUAUUAACUGCAGCAAUGUCCAUGGAACCCAAACGAACUUUAGAAAAUCAAUAGAUCCACAGGCUCAGAAGGCACAUAGCUUGAGUCGAGGUGUUGCAGGAAGGUUUCAAUCCGUCAACGAGCCAGCUGUACCAGAGACUUUCAGUCUACUUUUGAAAAAACAGUGUGAGAACUUGUUAAAGAAGUUAAUGUCACAUCCGCAUGGUUGGGUGUUCAAUAAACCUGUUGAUGUUGUUGAACUGAAUAUUCCAGAUUACUUCAAUGUCAUCAAGAGACCCAUGGAUCUAGGGACAGUGAAACAAAAACUUGGCUCAGGCAAUUAUUCAAGUCCAUUUCAGUUUCUUGCUGAUGUCAGGCUCACGUUCUCCAAUGCCAUGACUUAUAAUCCUCCAGGCAAUGAUGUGCAUGUCAUGGCGGAUAUUCUUAGUAAAUUUUUUGAGCUAAGGUGGAAGCCCAUUGAGAAGAAACUACCAGUAAGUGGUUCUCAACAACAGCCUGUUCAUGAAGAAAUAGAUUUAGUUAAACCAAUGCCUCCCUCAAAGAAGAGAAAAAUUACCUCGAUACAACCAAACAUCUUGCCAGAGCCAGUUAAGUUGGUGAUGACCAAUGAUGAAAAGCAUAAUCUAAGUAGGGAGUUGGAAGCACAUCUAGGAGAUCUACCAGAUAAUAUCAUCGACUUCUUGAGGCAACAUGGUUCGAACGCGAACGAAGAUGGAGAGGAUGAGAUUGAGAUUGAUAUUGAUGAUCUCAAUGAUGAGACCCUGUUUGAGUUGCGCAAGAAGUUAGAUGACCAUAUCCGGAAGAAACAAAAUGAUGCAAAAGCAGAACCUUGUGUUAUCGAGCUCCUAAAUGAAUCAGGGCUUAGCAACUCAACUAUGCAAUUAUACAAAGGCAAUGAUCUUGCGGAUGAGGAUGUAGAUGCUGGUGGGAAUGAGCCUCCCGUUUCAAGCUAUCCCCCAGUUGAAUUAGAUAAAGGAACAAGAAAAAUAGACAACAAUCAGACUACUUCAGGCACCUCAAGUGAUUCUGAUUCAAGCAGUGCUUCUGAAAAUGAACUAAAAGAUGUUAAUGCUUCAAGUCCGUUUAGUGGGGCGAAGGAAAUUGAUGUCGUUGGAGCAGAUUUGGAUCAGAAGACAGUUAGUGUGGUGGACCAUGUCGAACAAACAUCACAUCAGAAGCCAAACUCUGUUGAAUCAGAUAGCCAAAAGGAUGAUGGGGACAGUGCUCCAAAUGAGAGACAGGUUUCACCUGAUAAGCUCUAUAGGGCUGCAGUUUUGAAAAACCGAUUUGCUGAUACAAUUUUGAAAGCUCGAGAAAAAACACUCAACCAGGAUGAAAAGGCGGACCCUGAGAAACUGCGUCGUGAGAAGGAGCAACUCGAAAAUCAAAAAAGGAAAGAAAAAGCUCGACUGCAAGCAGAAGCCAAGGCAGCAGAAGAUGCCCGAAGGCGAGUCGAGGCAGAAGCUGCUGCAGAAGCAAAACGGAAGAGAGACCUUGAGAGGGAAGCAGCUCGACAGGCAUUAUUGAAGAUGGAAAAGACGGUUGAGAUCGAUGAGACGUCUAGGUUUCUGAAGGACUUGGAAAUGCUAAGGGGUGCGAACCCUGAACCGAGCUGCUUAGAGGAGUUAAUCCCUGAAUUUGAUGAUGGGUUCAAAUUUGGAGCCAGCAAUCCGUUGGAACAACUGGGGUUGUAUAUGAAGAGGGAUGAACAUGAAGAAGAAGAAGAAGAAGAAGAGGAAGAAGAAGAAGGAGAAACCAAUGAAGUAGAUGUGGAGGAAGGUGAAAUCAACUGAUACAUGUAUGGUUUGAAGUUGUAAAAAAGAAAGAAAGGCAGUUUUGGUUUGGUAUACAUGAUUGUAUUGUAUUGUAUCGUAUCGUAUUGUAUUGAGCUUAACAAAAGAAAGAGAUGCAAUGAAACAAGUUAUGUUAUUACCUUUUCAAA